GAUCGCUUUCAUCUCGACGAUUCAGAAUGAGGGUUUUACUACUCGCAUAUGUUGCUGUCUUCGUCAACAGCGAAAAAAGCUUUGAAGAAAAAUUGAAAGAAGGAAAUCAGUUGCUCAAAAAUAGCCCAAAUGCGGAUGAUACGAUGGAGUUUCUCCAGAAAAUACACAGCAUGGAAAAACAAAUGAAAGAGGAAUACUCUGCAAAGCCUAACGCCGAAGAACUGAAAGCGAUAGAAGAAUACGCAAAAAUCGAGCCAUCUGACAUGGGUGUUUCUAUCGCAAGUGUCAAUAGGGACAGCAAAGUUGGAAACGCACUUUUCCAAGGAGACAUCAUUCUAACGAAACAGCAAGCCGAUGAGAUUUUGGAAGACAUCAGUGAGAAUAAAGGCAAUCGUAAAAAACGACAAGCAUAUCGUGACGGAAACUAUCCUAAAACUCUAUGGUCUCAAGGAAUAAAUUACGUAUUUUGGAAUGCAACUCAGUCGGCAAGGCGAGUGUUCAGAAAAGCUGCUGUAAUAUGGAGUGAGAAUACCUGCCUUAAUUUCAAGGAGGAUAACUCAGGUAAGCAAAGCAAGCAUCGGAGAUUGUUCAAUUGUUCAGAGUUUAACGAGCGCUUAGAAGUCAAAUUUCUAGCUAAGGAUAAAGUAUACGUUAUACACGGUGCAGGAUGUUGGUCACAUGUCGGAAGAAUCGGUGGAUCUCAGAUUCUCUCAUUAGGCGACCGAUGCGACCACAUUGGAUUGGGCUUGCACGAACUCGGCCACACCAUAGGUCUCUUCCACACGCAGUCGCGACAUGAUCGUGACGACUUCAUCACACUGCAUUUCGAGAACCUCAUUGACGGCUGGGAGGAUCAGUUCACUAAGGAAUCUGAGCGUACCAACCAUAAUUACAACAUCACCUACGACUAUGGAACUGUAAUGCAUUACGGAGCAACUGCGUUGCCACCUGGAUGUGGUAAGAAGUUGACAGCAACAAACGAGUACCAAGAAUUGUGGGACGUCGUGGGACAGAAGAAUUAUGACCGUUAUUCUGCUAACGAUGAAUUUUACUUUUGCAACUACUGGAUCGAGGGACCUGCUGGUUCAACGAUUGAAGUGAUCUUUCAAAAUUACACCGAAAACUUGGCCUACGACGGAUGUGUAUGGGCAGGUGUAGAGAUUAAAACCUUAGCAGAUCAGCGUCUUACUGGCUAUAGAUCACAUUUGCCUAGAUUCUGCUCUCCGGAUUAUGGUGGAACUUCCCUGAUCUCUACCCGCAACGUGGUUCCUGUAAUUACUUUCAGCAGACUCUACGAAGUCACAUCACUACUGCGCUAUCGCAUCGCUUCCUCUGGCCCAGCAACGUCUAAAACAACACCUGAACCAACGUCUGGGCAGACACGUCGACCCACAUCUCAGCAAACACUUUUGCCAUCGUCUCAGUCAACACCUCAAACAUCAUCAGAGGGAACACCUGGUCCAACCAGUAAGCCGAAGAAGCUCUGCUAUGAACGUAAACUGUGCCAAAUACUAGUCAAGUUGGGCCUUUGUGAUUCUUCUUUAUACACUGUGGAACUCAAGCAACAAGUCUGCCCGAACUCCUGUGCAUAA